UUUCAUAUAUUGUUCCCCCCCCCCCACAUUCCUCCCACCCCCCGGUCUUGUUCCAAUAACAGACCUUCCAACCUUCUUCCUUUGUGCCUUCCCUUUAAACCUCCUCACGUCGCGUCUUCCCGUUCUCUUCCCUCCGUCGACUUACACGAGGAUGCUCACCAUCAACCAGCCAGCACACUUCGGCUACAGACUCGUCCAUGAUCUACCAACACCGCCGAGCACAUCCCGACCCUCCCCCCCCUUGAUAGUUCAGGAACCCAGCCAGAAAGCUCUUCCCGCAGUCCCUCGCAGCAGAAGCCCCUCACACCAGCCCAUGUCCGCGCCUCACCGCGGCUUGCCACCUCCGGCGAUCAUGACCCAUGCCCAACAGCCGCCCCCAGGUUUGGCACCACCGCAGCAGCCGCCUCCGCCCGGUGCACCGCUGGGACAAGGUCCUCCGCAACCUCAUCAUCCGCAAGCCCAGGCGCAUGGGCAAUUCCCCCCGCCCCCUUCGUGGCAGCAGGUCACCGAGGAGUCCAUGAGAACUUACCUCAUAGCAAAGGCGGAGGAGGAGAAACGGAAACAGGAGGAAGAAAAGACUCGGCAGGAGAGCUAUCGUUUCGAGCAGAGGAGGUUGGAGCACGACAUGCUCCGGACAUCACUGCAGGGCGGCAUCCCUCCACCAAUGAUCCCCGUUGUGUUUGCUGGGAUGGGCGGCGGAACUCUUCCCCAGGCGGCCAUGGACUGGGCUCAGCAGUAUCUAUAUCCGCAGGGCCAGCAACCCCAGCCACCCGCUCCCGUACCCGCCGGGGCCUUACCACCAGCGCACCACCGACGCGACUCUCAGGCGCAGCCGCCUGGCCACUACCCGGGCCCCGGCGUCCCUUCAACGCCGGGAUCGGCCCAGGGACCGUCUAGUGGAUAUGUGUCUGCAUACCCGGGCUCUCCGACACGCCCCAGGGGCCAGAGCAUGCCUGGACCAAUGGCUCGCCCGCUUGGAGGCCCAAAUCCACCGACGCUGAACACCAACGUUCACCCCAGCGCUAGAGGGGCAAUCGGGGCACAAUCGCACCCCAUCAUGGGCUCCGUGCAGCAGCAACAAGAACCGCAGCCUUCGCCGACCAUAUACUUCCACCAUUGGCAGCCUCCAGCGACCCAGGCGGGGGGGUCCACAGAAGGGUCUCAUCGACCCGCCACACCGUCAGUGGAAUCACCGCGGAAGCGCAAGGCGACAGGCCCGCAGCUAGCAGCGCCCGCUCCAGGCGCGGCACAGCGUCUGAGAUCUCCGCCCACCCAAACCGCGCACUUGUCAACCCCCCCGCGACGACGACGAGGGCAUUCGAGACAGAAGAGCGAUCUUGAAAUCUAUCGAUCAGCACCACCCCGAGGGGACUCGCCAACACACACGUCCGGGCCUCCCCCAGUUCGCGAGAGCGGCGAGCCGUUUUCAUCCUCAUCCUCGUCACAGCAACCUGGUCAAGCCCGAAGCGCCGCGCAUUCUGUUUCGUCGUUGUUGGCGGACAAUCCACCGGCGCCGCAGCCGAGGCAUUACCCGCCACCGCCACCGCCGCCGCCACCGGUUUCGAGGAAAAUGGCAUCUUACGACGACAAGGCUCGAAGAAGUCCACCUCGGCUAUCGGAAGACCAGUCGCGUGGUGGAGCGCCUGCCACGUAAUAACGCGACAAGAUUUAGCUGGAGUUUCAUUCGAGGGUGCACGUUUCACCAUUCUUUUCUUUUCUUUUUCUCAACGCCCCCCUGGUUUAGCUCGAUUUUUGUUUCGCGACGA